UCAGUAUGAGACAGUCUCAGGUUUUGUCUGUGAGGCCUUAAGAGAAUGAUGAACAAGACGAAGGUAAACACGAGCGUCAAGAUCAGAAGGAGAAGCACCAAGUUUAUAGACUAGAGAUACUAGCAGGGAAUGCCAGAGAAGUGAGUGCAGUCCGGUUCGAACGAGUUAAUGAUAUGGAUCAAGUGUGAUUUGUGAAAGGCCCGAGAUGGUUCCCAAGUUCGUAAGAAAAUGGAGAAGUGAGGAAGAUUCCGAUGGUAAUCUCCAAGCCAAGAGAAUCAUGCAUCGAAACAAAAGUUUAGUUCCAUAUAUUGUAAAGAGAAUUAAGUAUUGACUCUAAUAAUAAA